AUGGAACCAUUAAUGGGUAACCUACCUACUACUAGGGUGUCUCAAUCUUAUCCUUUCCAGGUUACUGGAACCGAUUUUGCUGGCCCUUUCAUGAUUGCCAGCAAAACAGGUCGCGGCAGUAGAACCACAAAAUGCUAUCUGUGCAUCUUUAUUUGUUUCUCUACUAAAGCUGUGCACCUUGAGACGGUCAGUGAUCUCACGACCCAAGCUUUCAUUUCUUGCCUUAAGAGAUUUAUCGCUAGAAGAGGUAAACCUGAUUACAUCUGCUGUGACAAUGGCAAAAAUUACGUCGGAGCAAACAAUGAGUUAGGCAGAGUGUUGCAGUCAAACCUAAGUAGCAUAACUGACUUUGCGACUAAUAGGGGCAUAAAGUUUGUUUUCAAUCCCCCAUACUCUCCAACUUUUGGCGGCCUCUGGGAGGCUGGCGUAAAGAGUGCAAAAUUUCACCUUAAACGUAUAGCAGGGAAUGUUAGUCUUACAUACGAGGGGUUAAGCACGCUUUUCACUCAAAUUGAAGCGAUCCUUAACUCCCGACCCCUAACUCCUUUAUCACCUGACCCAAACGACCUCUCUCCUUUGACCCCAGGGCACUUCCUCAUCGGGCGGCCGCUGACGUCACUACCAAGCCCGCAGAAGCCUGAAAACAUGAAAAUUCGCACAAGGUACCAGUUGGUCGAACAGCUCCGGUGCAACUUCUGGGAAAGAUGGAGAAAAGAAUAUCUGGCCGAACUGCAACAAAGAACAAAAUGGCGUUCCCGGCAGAUAAACCUAAAGAAAGGGGAUUUGGUGGUCUUCAAAGAACCUAAUCUGCCACCACUCAAAUGGAGACUCGGCCGAGUUCAGCGACUUUACCCCGGCGAUGACGGAGUGGCCAGAGUCGCCGACUUUCUGACCUACCGAGGCGUUGAACGACGAGGCGUCAACAAGUCUGCCCUCUACCAACCACGACGGAGGAGUCUGAUGUCUUGGAAGAAGCUGCAAGUCCUUCCAAGGGCGGGGAGGAUGUCAAGGACCGGUCCUACCGCGUGA